AUGCGGGAAAAAGCACACUUCUCGCAGCUUCUCAAAGUUAUGUUGCUUAAUCUUGAUAAAUUGCAGGUGGAAGUGUUUCAAAGUGAGACUGGUCGGUUUACUGCUUAUGUUAACUUUGAUCGUCUGGGACCUGCUCAAACAAUUCGGCAAACAAUGUUAAAUCGAUUGAAAAUGAAGCUGGGCCCGAGGCUUUGGGUUCAUUCGCCAGGAGAUAUCACUGAUCAAAGUGGAAUGCACAGUCCUGAUCUAUACACUUCCGAAGAGCAAGCAGACGCAAUGCAGCUUGAGCGUGAAAAACAGUAA